AUGAAGUCAGCAGGCAUUUACAGUACCCUUCUUUUUAGCCUUACCGCUCUUGGCGCCGUCAUCAAAAGAGACGCUCAAUUCAAAAACGGACAGCCAAUCGAUGCAAAUGGAAAGGGCGCUCCAAUUUUAGGUGGAACCAAUCAUCAAGUCGACAUUGAGAACCCGGACAAUCUUGGCCAGCAAGGUACCGACGCCGGUACAGUACCAAACCUGAAAUGGAGAUUCUCAGACUCCAAGACGAAGAUUUUUAACGGAGGGUGGGUACGCGAGCAGGUGGUCCAGGACUUGCCGCAAAGUCAUGACAUUGCCGCCGCCCAGCAGCACCUAAAGAAGGGUGCUAUUCGAGAGCUACACUGGCACAAAGUAGCGGAAUGGGGAUUCGUCUAUACAGGCCGAGUGCUUGUCUCUGCCGUGGACGAAAAUGGCAAGUAUCAGGUUGAUACUCUCGAGUAUGGUGAUAUCUGGUAUUUCCCUAAAGGUCAGGCGCAUACGGUUCAAGGCCUCGAUAAUGAGAACGAAUACCUCCUCGUAUUUGAUGAUGGUGAUUUCGACAAGGUCGGUACCACAUUUAAUCUCGAUGACUGGGUUGCGCACACUCCUAAAUCCGUGCUGGCGAAGAACUUCGGGCUCCCAGAGUCCGUCUUCAGCAGCGUCCCGGAGAAGAACCCUUACAUCCAAAACAGCACCGUCAGCAACAGGACCGUGACAGGACCCAACGGUCAGCUUACCGGAAAUAGCUCAUACGUUUACCAUACCUUCCAACAUACGCCUGAAAAAGUUCCUGGCGGUGGCGGCUUAUUCUACAAGAUCGAUUCCACCAACUUCCCCAUCGCAACGACGAUUGCGUCCACGUUUGUCGUGUUAGAGCCGAAAGGCCUCAGGGAGCUGCAUUGGCAUCCUACUGCUGAGGAAUGGCUCUACUUUCACGAGGGUAAAGGUCGAGCUACAGUCUUCAUCGGUAAUGGAAACGCCCGCACCUUUGACUUCUCAGCGGGGGACACGGCAGUCUUUCCCGAUAAUAGCGGCCAUUACAUCGAGAAUACGUCCGAAACGCAGAACCUCACAUGGAUUGAGAUUUACAAGAGUGAUCGUGUGGCAGACAUCCCGCUCACACAAUGGCUAGCACUUACUCCAGCCGAUAUCGUCGCCGCGAUACUGAAGAUUCCGGUUGAUGUUGCCCAGAGUCUGAAGAAGGAGAAACAGGUGUUAAUCAAGGGUAAUUGA